GGGAUGAGCAGCACAGGGGCCGUAACUGGUGUCCUGAGAGCCACAGGAGGGAAAAUCCAUUGGGGAUUUGGCUCCCAAAGAAGGGGUGGGAGGGGAACCCAGCUAACUUCAGUGUUUUCUGAGGGCUGGAACGAUGGGAUCCUACGCAGACUAUGAUGAGAAACUGCUGCCUCAAAGGGACCAGAGGGACCCGGAGAAGCAGGACUUGGCCGAGCUGGGGGAGGACAUCCAGGACAUGGAGCUGAAGGAGGAAUGGCAGGACGAAGAGUUCCCGGGGCCUCUCCCGGAGGAGGUCUCUGAGGAGGACCUUGAAGACUCUGGCGGGGAGCCCAGCCUAGUUGCCCCCAACACCCUGGAGCUGUGCGGGAAGCGGCACAUGAAGAAGCGGCUGCCGGCACCGGAUCUCAGCCUCUCUUUAGACCGGGCCGAGGGCUCGGUGCAGUCGGGCGAUUACCCGGAGCGCACGCCGGAAGGCAGCCUGGACAUCAACGUGGACGAACUGGAGACACCGUCUGAGAGCGAGCUGCUGGACGGGCCAGAGGGCGGCCAUGACUUUGAGUGGGAAGAUGAACUGCCCAGGGCCCGGCGCCUGGACAGCAGCCUGCUCGAGGAGAAACUCGGCGAGGGGCGCGUGGUGGACGUCGAGGACAAGGAUGGACGGAAGUGGAGGAUCUUCCUGACGGACGAGCGGGAGCAGAAAGUGGAUCUGAGUGUCGUCGAGCCCUACAAGAGGGUCAUCUCCCAUGGGGGGUACCAUGGAGAAGGCCUCAACGCCAUCAUCCUCUUUGCCUCCUGCUACCUGCCCCACAGCAGCAUCCCUGACUAUCCAUACGUGAUGGAGCACCUGUUCAGGUACAUCAUCGGGACGCUGGAGGUGAUGGUGGCAGAAAGCUACAUCCUGGUGUGUCUGAAUGGCGCCACGCUCCGCAGCCAGAUCCCGUCCUUCGGCUGGAUAAAGCAAUGCUACCGGACCAUCGACCGGCGGCUCCGGAAGAACCUGAAGGCCAUGAUUAUUGUCCAUCCCACCUGGUAUGUCAAGGCGCUGAUGGCCGUUAUCCGCCCCUUCCUCAGCUCCAAGUUUGGCAGGAAAGUGCAGUUCGUGGACAGCCUGUGGGAGCUGUCGCAACAGAUUCCUCUUGAGCAAGUGCACAUCCCCGACUGCAUCCGACAGCUGGAUCACAGCUGGAACGGCUCCAGGGACACACAGCGGUGAUGCUGCACGGCAGCAGACCCCAGCGCCAGUAGGGGGCAGUCGCGCUGCGUAGUUCUGUAACUCCUGUUACUUCUUCCCACCAGUGUUCCUUUAAAGGAGAAACCGAAACGACCGUGUUUGGGAAAGGCGGCUUUGUAAAUAGGUCCAGCUUAAGUGGAUGCAUUGGUUUAAACACUGGGGGGCUUCUAAGGUUAGGCCGGUUUAAAUGGAGGACUUGGCUUACACAGGUUUUUAUGUGAGUGCUGUUACAGUUAGAAACGUGACUGUAGGAGCAUAUGCGAUACUGGGCUCAGUACGGGGCCCUCUGGCCUGUGAGACAGGCAGUCAGACCAGAUGAUCUAACAGUCCCUUUUGGUCUUGCAAUCCCUCAGAGCCCGAACCUCUACACUACACUUUUAUAGUUCCGCAGGCCGAGUCAGCUGACCCAGACCAGCCACAGGGUUUUUAUCACCGUGUAGACGUACCCCUGUGGAUCUAAAACCAGAGUGGCUGUUGGUCUCAGUUGGACUGAUCCCGGUUGGCUUUAUGGAUGGAAACAAGUUUUUUUUCACCUGCACAGCUGCUGCAGCUACAGGAGAGGGAGUAAUUUCGCCUUAGCGCAGCGCUGGCCAAAGAAGCAGGAGUUCCUUUGAGCCCCGAAGAACUGAUCCAGGUCUGGAAGAAGGCGCUGGAUUCUGUUCUGCCUCCUGCAUCCUGGUGGAAUCGGCACUUCGGCUCCAGCUGCAGAAUUCUGUUCCCAAGAGGCAGAUAAAGCCCAGGUCCUGGCAGCUGGAAAAGUGAUGCUCCAGUUUGUACGCUGACCAGCUCCAGGUUAGCCUGGAAGGGAGAGGGGAGAACGGGGACCCGCUGGGGAAAGUAGUGCGGCAGCGUUAGCUUUGUUAAUUCCUGGCGCCUUUCAAGGGAAGUGUCUCCAUUUGCAAAUGGCACCGAAGCAGCCAGGACCCAGGUGGCUGGAAAUACCGUGCCCAGGGUCAAAGACUUCACUCUGCAUCCUGCCACAGCUCCCCCUAGGCAGUGACGGGACGCUGCAAGCUGGCGAGCGGGACAAGGGCAAAUGUAUUUCACGGAGAGCGUUUUUCUCCCAAGCGUUUAUUGUCAGGCGUCUGAUGCAGGAAACUAACCAGCUCUCCCAAUACCCAGGCCCAUAAUAACCUUGCAUUUAACUUUCCCAGCCUACACUUCCUUGCUGUUUGUCUCUGUCCGCUGCCCAGGCGUGCAUCCUUAGUCCUCGUUUAGCGUAAGAUCUCUUGGGUGUAUGUCCUCAGCCCCGCAUAACAUUGCACAUGUGGGGGUGAGGAAGCUGCCAGAGUUAACCCCAUGUUACUCAGACAUUUUAAAACAACAAAUGGCCUGCCACAUUACCGACAAACCCCCAGGCUGUUAAAGCUGCAGGAAGUUUUCAGAGCUGAGUGGGAGAUUUUCCAAGGCACAGCUGGCAAUUCACUCCCCAGGUGCCACUGACUUUCAAUGGGUGCCCAACAGCCCUAGGUGGCUUUGGCACGUCACUUUUCACCUCUUAGCUGUUCUCUUUUGUUUUGUUUCACUUCGGUUGAGGCAGAGAGUCUGUACCGAGCAGUUUCACUUUCUGGUUGAUGCUGCGGUGUUUGGGAUCCCAGUACUGCAAGGGGGGGCGCUGAAUUUUCACAAGCACCGAAGGGACUUAGAUGCAUUUUCAAGUGCCUUAUGGCCAGAGCCUCAAAGGUGCUUAGGUGCCUAACUCCCACGCAUGUCACUGGGAGUUGGGCACCUAAAUAUGUCUGAGACGUUGGGCCUUAGGAGCCUAGAUCUCACUGAAAGGUGAUGGGACUUCGACGCCUGUCGCUUAGAUGCUUUAGAAAAUUUUACCCCAAGUCCCAUUUUCGAAAGUGACUUAGGCAAGAUUUUUAAAAGGGACUAGUGAUUUUGGGGGUCUGAUUUGAAGGGGCCUGACUUUCUAAGGGUGGGAGCUCGGCGCUUUAUGUCUUGCAUCUGAAGAAGUGAGGUUCUUACCCACGAAAGCUUAUGCCCCCAAUACUUCUGUUAGUCUCAAAGGUGCCACAGGACCCUCUGUUGCUUUUUAUGAAAAGCAGGGGCCUUUAAGUAUCUCAAGCUGUCGUCCCCCCGUCCCCCAAAUGAGGCACCCAAAAUCGCCAGUCACAUUUCAAAAUCCCAGCCUAAGUCUCAGGUAAAGUCCAGGAGAUUUUGGCUCCUAAGUCCCUUAGUCUCUUUUGAAAAUGGGAUUUGAGAGACAGAUUUUUAAAGGUACUUAGGAGCCAAAAGGUGCACAGAGGUGCUGGGGAAGGCUCAAAAAUGCCUAAUUCCCAUUGGUCUGGAGUUGAACCUAGGUGCUUCUGAAACUCCCACGAGCAGGGCCGGCGCAACCCAUUAGGCGCACUACAAUUUGGGGGGCAGCAACCGCAGCGGUAUUUCAGCGGUGGGACCUUCCACCGCCUCUGUGGGGGGGCAGCAUUUUGGGGCGGGACCUUCCGCCGCCUAGGGCGGCAGAAAAGCUGGCGGGGCUCGUGCCCACGAGAUUCCCCAUCUGCAUCUUUAGGCACCUAAAUACCUUUAAAAAUGUCCUGAGGCUCCUAAGUCACUUAGGGGGGCGUUUGAAAAUGUUACCCUUGAUCUAAACCCCAGCUGUGUUCUUUGAUGUAAAUAUAGCAGCUGCUUGAACGAUGCCUUAGACUGGAAGCUCUUUGGGGCAGGGACUAUUUGUUCUGUUUCGCAGCGCCAGCGCCAUGGGGUCCCAGGCUGCCAGGCACAACCACUGUGCACAUCAUAACACUGGCAUCAAGGAUGACAUGAGGGGAGAAAAGAGGGGCUCAGGGGGACCCCCAAAAUGUCUGUAACUGAGGUGAAAUGGGAGGGGAUGGGGCCUCAGCAAAUAUGAUGGGCCGGGGCCCCAAAUUUCUCUUGAUAGGGCUGAUUGGAACCGCAUGGGGGGCUCGGAGCCCAGGCUCCAGUCCACGCUCACACAUCUACCCUGCAAUUUUUAACCCCCCAAACCCGAAUCAGCCAAUCUGGGCCAGCCGUAGCCGUGCUGUGGGUCUUUUAUUGCAGCGUAGAUGUACCUAUUGUCCGGGGUAAGCUGGAGGGGGUUUCUGAGAUCAGCAGAUGGCACUCCCAUCCCCUGAGAGUCUGGGUACCAUCUCCCCCAUCCUAUCCCUCCCAGAGCAUGGCAGACACAUGCCACAAAGCUGGGCAGCCCCCACGGCACUGCGGUAACUAUUUUGAAAAGGCUGUUGCACGGGCUGGUGCUUGCACUUUUUGCACGUUCACAAGUGGAUGCGUUUAGCACCGACGCUCCAGGCACUGUAUUUA